AUGGUCAAGAAGCAGACAAGUCCCGCCUAUGUCCUGGGCGUGGGUAUGACCAAGUUCAUCAAACCUCGCGGCAAGGUCGACUACAAUGAGCUCGGAUACGAGGCCGGCAUCAAGGCGAUGCUUGACGCGAAAAUCACCUAUGAUGAUGUGGACCAGGGCGUGGCCUGCUAUGUGUACGGUGACAGUACCUGCGGUCAACGCGUCUUCUACCAGUUUGGCUUGACCAACAUCCCCAUUUACAAUGUGAACAACAACUGCUCUACGGGUAGCACGGGGCUAGCCAUGGCGCGCACAAUGGUCUCGCAUGGUGCGGCCGACUGUGUGCUCGUGGUGGGCUUUGAGAAGAUGAAUCCAGGAAGCUUGCAAUCAAUGUACAAUGAUCGGGCCAACCCGACAGGUUUGUUCGGUACGAUGAUGGCCGAGACUCGUGGUGUCACCAACGCCCCCGGAGCCGCUCAGAUGUUUGGUAAUGCCGGCCGGGAAUACAAAGAAAAAUACGGUGCCACAAACGAGGACUUUGCCGAGAUCGCGCGCAUUAACCAUGAACACUCCAAACGCAACCCUUACUCGCAAUUCCAGGACGAAUAUACCUUGGAGCAAAUCAUGAAGGCCCCCAUGAUUCACGAGCCCUUGACAAAGUUGCAAUGCUGCCCCACCUCCGACGGUGGUGCCGCCGCUGUCGUUGUCUCGCAAGACUUCCUCGACGCCCGCCCUCACUUGAAGGCUCAAGCCAUUCAAAUCGCCGGUCAGUGUCUCGCGACUGAUAGUGACUCGGUUUACAGCAAAAGCUCGAUCGACUUGAUGGGCUUUGGCAUGACCCGACAUGCAGCUCGUACCGCUGCGGCAGAGGCUGGCAUCAAUAUCAAGGACGUCAAGGUGUGCGAAUUGCACGACUGCUUCUCAGCAAACGAGAUGAUCACUAUCGAUGCUCUGGAACUGUGCGAGCCCGGCAAGGCCCACGAGAUGGUCCGUCGUGGUGACAUCACCUACGGUGGCAAGAUGGUCAUCAACCCGUCCGGGGGGUUGAUCUCCAAGGGUCAUCCCCUUGGCGCGACCGGCAUCGCUCAGUGUGCUGAGUUGGUGUGGCACCUGCGCGGCUGGGCGAACAACCGUCUGAUAAAAGGCACUGAUGUUGCUCUGCAGCACAACCUGGGCUUGGGCGGUGCUGUUGUCGUCACAGUCUACAAGCGUGCUGAUGGCAAGGUCGCCGAGGCCGUGCCUUCUGACGUGGUGGGCAAGGUAAACGGUCUGGGCUAUAACCCUGCGGUAGAGGCUCGUGGUUUCACGGCCGAGCAGGCGAAGUCGGUGGUCAGCAAGCAGCACAGCAGUGACUGGGCUGUUGCGGACGCCCAGGACCGGGUUCUUGCGCGAUUCUGA